AAGAGCGCAGUGCGGACAGCGGUUCGGUUCUGUGUUGCUGAUGGUGAGUCUGUGUUCCCCCCCGACCUGCCUGAAGUGGGAUAUGAGAGUGAAAGCUCGGAGGAGUUCAGCACUGACUCUCUCUCUCUCCUUCUUCUCCUCCUUGUGCUGGAUGGUGUUUCCUCUUACACUGAGUUUGAGAUCUCGGUACCCACUCGUGUGCAGACGGCUGUGUACGGCGAGUCGGUGGUUCUGUCCUGCACGUUCCCGGUGAGCGGCUCGUGGGACGCAGGCAGCAGCGUGAUCACGUGGCAGCGAAAACUGGAGGUGGUCCACAGUUUCUUCAAUGGCCAAGACCAGCCUCAGUACCAGAGCCAGAGAUACACCAACCGCACCAGCCUGUUCCACCAGGAGCUGAAGAAGGGGAACGCAUCACUCAGGCUGGACCGUACCAUUGUGGAGGAUGUGGGGGAGUACACCUGCUCCAUCAGCACUCAGCUGGGCAGCCAGAAGAAGAGCUUCAGCCUCAAAGUAGCAGCGUUCUACCCCGAGCCUCUUCUGCACAUCUCACUGCUGAAUGACGGCCAUAUGGAGGUGCUGGUAACCUCAGAGGGCGGGUACCCCUCCCCCUCACUGCAGUGGCUGAUGGGAAACGUGAGCGACGUCACCAACGACACAUACACGCAGCUGAGGCAGGACCAACACACACGUCUGUACAGCGUGAACAGUAAACUGAACCUGAGCGGCACCAUCAACUCCUCCAUCACCUUCAUCAUGAAGAACCCAGAUCUGGGCCAGGAGAUCAGGAGGAACAUCGACCUCUUCUCAGAAAAUGGAGGAUCUGACCAGAACAAACAGCGAGCAGUGAUCAUUGGAUUUUCCGUUAUUGUAGCAUCGUUACUCACCGCGAUCGUUUCAGUAAUUAUUAUCCUUCGACACCGGAUGAUGAAAAAGGAGAACUCCCAAAAUCCUCCAGAAACUCCUACAGAGCCAUCAGCAGCUUCGAACCGUCCGACAGGAAGAGCGAACUGUUCAACAGAUGAUGCUGGGAGUGUUUCAGAAACUCUGUUAAAGGAAGAUCUGAGGAGAGAUGGUGAGAUCAGAAUAAUAAAUGGAGUGAGUUUAUAUUAGAUAUUUAUUUAAUUCUGCUCUCCACGAGCUGGCCUUGAGCUAAAGUCAGUGCUGGAGUCACUCCACAGGCUGCUUACGUUAACUCCAGCUCCCUGAUGUUGAGAAAAUGACUCGUGGAGGUUUUUCCACCUGCGUGGAGUCACGGCCUCGAAACGACGUCUCCAUCCUGAUCACGACCUCCUGUCAAUCUCACUCCUGCUCCUGUACUUACACAACUGGGUUUGGGCAUUGAACCCUUUGGGCAUUAAUAUUAUAAUGAGCGUUCUAUACGAGCAUAUUAACGGUGCGUCCCAUCCGGGCUGAAUUCUCUCGCCCCGUUCCCAGAGUUCCUGAGAUGAGCUCCAGAUGCACUGCAACUCUGACGAGGAUAAAAAGCUUCAUGAAGACGGAUGAUGAAGAGAAUCCUCGAGAUUCUAUAAAGAAAUGGACACAGUUUAACUUUAGAUUAUUUUCAUGUUUUUCUGUUCCUUAUUUCAUUGAUUUUUGUGCUUUAUUUAUUUUUUAAAUCGCACUGAUGACCUCACUGUGACCCAGAUCACCGUGUGAAACUGAGACUCCGCCCACUGUAAGUGGCCUCAGUUCUAGAAUUUACUCUCUGCUUUGUCACUUUGAGGGAAUUCUUCCUUCACGAGUUUAAAAUGUGAAAAUAAACUAAAGAGCUACAGAAUAAAUAUAGAAGGGAAACAGGAAGAGAGAUUUGGGUGAGGGACUGACAGCCAGAUGUUCAUGCAGAUGUUCAGGUGGUUGAAUAGGGUCUCUUCACUGCACUCGGGUUUUUCCUGAGCUCCUGACUCUGGAUAAAUGUCAGUGUUCUGUAAUUCCUGUACUGUUUAUUGAAUGUUAAAUUCAGUCUUAAACACUGGCAGCUACAAUCAUCAUGACUCAGACUCUCAUCAUAUGACUGCGGGGAAAGUCAACACUUCUAGUCGUCGAUAACGAGCUGUUUGCUUCAACUUUUUAUUUAAUUUGUUAAAUCACCCUUGCUGGACGAGAGGCCUGAAUAAAUGCACUUUAUUUAUAUAAGCUGUUUUUUAUUGUUUUUUUUUUUCAAAUAAAAAUCAAUUCAAUUUCUUUUAUUGCUUUCGUUAAUGUGGUCAAUAGUAACAGUCUGACUCUGACCAAUCAGAAUCGAGUAUUCAAGAAAACCGUAUAAUAAAGUUAAUUUAUAGGAAGUUUCAUUGCUGAACAUUUUAAAUAAUGCAUUUUAAUAAAUGUGUAACUGAUUUUUACUCUGAACUUAUUGUGAAUGUUGUGUUUUAACACUGUGGUGUGACUUUAUUCAGUUCGUGUGUUCAAACACGUAAUCUCUGGAAGAUUCAAACCUUUUGUGUGUCACAGUGAACAUUUACUGAAAUGUGGAAUAUCAGUGACUUUACUGACAGUCAGUGACUCGCUGUGUAAUUUUCCUGUUUAUGGAUUAUAUUAAUGUAAUUAUAUUUAUAAUCUGAAUAUUCUCUACAGAAUAAAAGCUAUGAGUUUACAGUU